AUCCAUCGGAGUAAUUUAAAAUAAUGCGGAAGCCUUUUUAAAGUCAAACAACUUGGGAUCUUGCCCGAAAACGUAAUAAGCAUUAAAGUUAAUUAAAUAAAGCAUAAUCAACAGAUUAAAGAGACAGCCACGCCAUCGUACAUCUCCUCCUCAAUGCCCUCUGGGAUCGGCUCUAGGUUCAUCUAGAGAGAAAGUAGGAGCUCUUGCCGUCGCUAGCACUACCGUCGUCGUCCUCGCCCACUUUCCGGCUCCGUACUAGGUUAGUCUUCCUCGGCCUUGCUCUUCCAUGUCUUCCCAAUCCUCAGUCUUUCGUCAGUCCGAGUCCGAGCGCGAUGCCGAGGGCUCUGUCAUAGGUUCCACGCAAGAGAGCGACUCCCGCUCGCCCUCCGUCGAGGAGAUAGUCGUGGCGGUCGAGGUCCCUCCUCAGUCUGAGCCUUGCAAUCAGAGGCGUACCACCCUGGAGAACUCGGGGAUCCGUGCGCGGAAGUGCACCCUUACGGGGGAGGAAUUCCGCAAGGCGAAGCGCUUGGCUUCGGCGCCGGGCGUGAUCGUGCGCCGUCCCACCUCCGAGGAGUCUGUCUUCGACGCCCCUCCGGGUUUCUUCGCCAUCCACCUCAAAUCCCUCGAGUACGGAUUCCGCUUCCCACUCCAUCAGUUAGUCAAAGAUUUUUUUCUCCAUUUCGAUAUUCUCCCUUGCCAAGUCGUGCCCAAAUCCCACCGCUACUUGGCGGGGUUCCUUAUUCGUUGCCAAGGGACCGGGGUUCGCCCCGACCUGGCCCGCUUCUUGUUGCUUUUCCGGUUGGCGAAAUCGUCUGGCCGGGCGAACUCCGACUCGGGCUCGUAUGCCUCCAUCUCCCAAAGGCAUGAGAAGCUUUUCAAGACGUGGAAGGAUUCCGCCAAGAGUUGGAAAGGGAAGUUCGUCUUCGUCUCUCUCUCCUUGGGCUCCCCCUUUCGUACAGAGCCCCUCUGUUCCUUCCGUCGUCGUUCCGCGUGCGUCACCUCGAACAAGAUGCUCGAGGAUGUGGAGACGCUCUGCCGAGUGGGGCCUUUUGAAGUUGGCUCGCUAGUGAGGAACGAGGCGUUGGCGGUGCUCGGCUUUGUCUUCCCGUCCCCGGAAGACACCCAGCGGAGCAUCGAAGAAGGCCCCUCAGGUGAAAUCAUGCUUUCCAACGCCGAGCGGGUGAAGCUCAUGUUCCCUGAUGCUUCGAGCAACAGCUCCCAAGCCCCUGCUUCAAGUGCCCGUCCCCCGACUCCUCCUGUGAAGCCGACCUUUGAGAUGGCCCAGAAGAAGAAAAGGAAGGAAACGACCUCCGCUGCCGAGGCUCCCCAGGGUUCCGAGUCCCCUAUGAUGAAGGACUUCGGAAACCCUAAGUACGUCAAGGCGGCCUUCCCUACUCGGGUCUCCUUCUUGGAUGGGGACUACGACCCGGAGACCUUCCUGCACAGCUUCACUCCUCCCACCGAUCGCGCGAAGAUUAAAGAUCUCGACCGAGAGACUCUGGCCUCGGCCUCAUUUCACGAGCUGGGUUCGGCGAUGAUGUGCAUGGUCGACAUGAGCCAACGGCAGCGCGUCAGCGAAGACGGUCGGACCAGGGCCUACAUCGAGAUCGCUGACCUCAAUGAGUCGCUGAAGGCGGCUAAGGAGCAAGCUCGACAGGCCGAGGAGCAUGCUCAGCAGCUCGCGGAAAAGGCUGCUCGCAAGGCGCGCCAGGAGGGUCGCGAUCAGGCCAUGGCCGAGUUCAUAUCCUCGGGUGCGUUCCAGGAGGAGGCAUUCGCUCGCAUGAACGAUUUGCUCAAGGCAUGGGGGCAGACUCCCGAAGGGAAGGCAUUCGCUCGCUCCAAAGGGACGUCGUGGUACAACCUCGGUUUGUUCUGAGCGUAGCAAGUACUUUCGGACAGGUUCCUCGCCAAGGAGGACUUCCCCGAGCCGUGCGACAACCUGAUGAGUUCGACACUUCCAUCUACUACCCGAAUGGCGGGGACACAACCGGUGAGCAGACGAAUGCCGAGUGAUAUGACUUAGACUUUUUGUAUUUGAUGUAAUGCUGCCCAAGACUUGUUGUUUUUGGAUUCGGAUUUUUCACUUUGUAUGGAUAUGCUAUGCUUUCUAAGGUGUUUAACUAUUGUAAGGUGUUUGUGCCAUGUACUUGCCCGUUUUCCGGGAUGAAUAAAAUUUGGAUUUGAUU